UAAUAAUUCAUCUUCCAAACGGAAAAUGCAUAUGCGCAUUUGGCAAAGUUUUUCUUGUCCCUUUUCUCUCCUAUAAUUCGACAUCUACUUAAGACGGUGCAUUCAACUCUAGUCAAAGACGCAGAUGAAAGAGAGCCACAUUCGAGAUGAGGUGCUCGAGCACCAAUGGGAAGGUGCUGGCACGCACGAAGAUCCAUUUCUUGUCGAAUUCCUCCCUGGAGACUCAGAGAAUCCCAAGAACUUCUCAGAAACACGCAAAUGGUUCUACGCAAUAACAGUCACCAUAUCGGUCUUCGUCGUCACCUUCCUAUCCUCCGCCUAUUCAGGAACAGUGGACGAGCUAAGGGCAGAGUUUGGCUCCAGCACAGAGGUCAUAUUGGCUGGGAUAGCACUUUUUGUUCUUGGCUUCGCUCUUGGUCCUUGUUUCUGGGCGCCGCUAUCCGAGAUCUAUGGCCGGCGUGUGAUGUUUUACACUACUUUUGGCUGCCUUACGGCGACUACUGCAGGUGUAGCUGGUAGUAACUCGAUGACAACGUUGAUUGUCUUGCGCUUCCUUAGCGGAACUUUUGCGGCAUCUCCAUUGACAAAUGCUGGAGGUGUUAUUGCAGAUGUGUUUCCACCACGACAACGUGGACUUGGGAUGACGAUUUUCUCAAUGGCUCCUUUUCUCGGUCCUGCUCUAGGGCCUGUGUAUGCCGGCUUCACAAGUGAAGCAAUUGGUUGGCGAUGGGUUCAAGGUAUUCUCGCCAUUACUACAGGUGUGAUCUGGAUUUUUGGCACGAUAGUUCUUCCUGAGACAUAUGCACCGGUUCUUCUACAGCGAAGAGCAAAGGCUUUGUCUAAACGUUUCAACAAGACUUUCAUUAGUCUAUUAGACAAGGAGCAUCGCCAUACCCGGGCUCAAGCCAUCAAGACCAGCUUGGCCCGACCUUGGAUCCUUUUGUUUGCAGAGCCAAUUGUCUUGGUGGCUUCUAUUUACUUGUCUAUUCUUUACGGCACGUUAUAUAUGCUGUUUGGAGCGUAUCCUAUCAUUUAUCAACAAGAACGUGGAUGGAGUGAGGGUAUUGGCGGACUAGCAUUCCUAGGUGUAACUGUUGGGAUGAUCAUCGGUCUUGCAUACAUGCUAUACGACAAUCGUCGUUACAUGCGUUUGCUCGAUACUCUACCAGAGAACGGAGUUCCAGUUCCAGAGUGGCGCCUACCACCAACCAUCAUUGGAAGCAUAGCCCUACCGAUUGGACUCUUCUGGUUUGCAUGGACGAACGGGCCAUCGGUACAUUGGUCUGUGAGCAUCAUUGGCUCAGCACCUUUCGCUUUUGGCUGCGUUCUCGUUUUCGUCAGCGUUCUGACUUAUCUCGUCGAUACGUACACCAUCUAUGCGGCCUCGGUGCUUGCAGCCACUGCGAUGCUUCGUUCUUUUUUUGGUACUGCUUUCCCGCUUUUCGUCUCUCAAAUGUAUGCCAAUCUUGGCAUCCAUUGGGCAAGCUCGAUUCCUGGAUUCUUGACUCUGCUUUGUCUCCCUUUCCCGCCAAUUAUGUAUUUUUGGGGCGCAGAGCUGAGGAUGAAAUGUAAAUAUGCAGCUCAGGCUGCUGCGAAAAUGGCUCAAAUGAGUGGGGCGAAGACAGCUCCUUCCGCUAUUGAAGGAGAGACAGGAGACGAAUCGUCAGUGAUUCAGUUACCCGAUAUGGAGAAAUAGACCAUCCUUCCGCUUUUUGAAUUCAUGUGUGUAAAAGCCUUGCUUAGGAGAUCUGCAUGAGUUGGAAU